AUGAAGGCGUUAUACCCUGCUUCGCAUGAGAUACCCAGUCUAUCUGAUGAGCAGCUGGCCGUCAAGAUCGCGCGGCAUUCAAGGUGUACCGCGUGUUCCUCAUGUCCUGGACUCCGACCACCACCCGGUGUAUAUGUUACUCUCGACUCGGAACCACAAGAUGACACGUUGCCGGAGGACUCGACAGAGCUUCAUUCGAAAGUAGACAAUGCAUCCCCUCCAUACCUGUCGAAUUGUGUUUGCGGUCAUGACCUCAGCGAGCAUGGCGCUGACCAGUCCUCUAUUGAUCCGGAGGAGUUCGGCCGGAGAGGUCGUGUUGCCGUCCGAGCUGACGAGUUGCUGAAGGAUGAGGACAAACUGCUGGACUUUGCGUACACAGACGACCACAUCUCCGGUUUGCGGCGGCAGAUGCAGAUCCCUCCAUCGUCUCGAGAAAGCUCAAUAUCAGAUGCCCUGGGAUCACUAGGUGAGGAUGCUCAAUGCGCGAAGGACUUCAGUGAUCUGAGACAUGCAAGACAGUGCCGUCUUCGCCAGGCAGGCACCUGCUAUCGCCAGCGUCAUCCUUUCUGA